AAAACAGGAUAAGGGAGGGACAGUGGAAGUACUUAAGGUAUGUUCUUGUGGAAGGAAACGAUUUGGUGAGAAGGGUGGGAGAGGAGAUGAUAGAGAAGAGACAAAGUAGGUGGGUGAAAGAUUUGUUGAAUGAACUGAGAGCAACAGAGGGACUGAGUGUGAGUGUGAGGAAUGAGACAAAGGAGAGUAUAAAGCAGAGAAUGAGAGAGGUGGAUACAAGAGAGUGGAAGAGGCAAAUGAAUGAGAAAGCAAGCCUUAAGAUAUAUAGAAAAUGGAGACAAGAGUUGGGAGGACAAGAGGAGGUAUACAACAACAACCAAGCCUCAGAAGUGCUAUUCAGAUGCAGGACAAACAACAUGCAACUAAAAGACAGAAACAGACACCGGCAAGAGGAAACCAAGUGUGACAUGUGUGAAGCUGAAAACGAAGACCUGCGACACUUUCUGCUCUGGUGCCCGGCCUAUGCUGAGGAAAGAAUAAAGUGCGUGAGGCUGCAACAGCCUUACGAGGAAGAAGAGGACGACACCAUUGGAAAAUUUUUAUUUGAAAAUGAACACACCGAACAAACGAAAACAACAGUACACAAGUUUUGGACAAUAAGAGAAAAAAGAAUGAAAGAAAAAGGAAAAUAAUAGACCCAGACAGUAGACACAUCAGGGAGUGCCGUUACAAAGGCAAAACUCCCGACCGACUACUACUACUACUACUACUACUACUAUUAACAAAUCAUCUGUGCCAUCAAGAUAAAGCAGCGAGGGGAGGGACCAAGGAGGGACCGCCGCGCCCUUCAGAAAUGUCACAGAAGGAUAUCAAGUCUGCUGCAGAAGAUCCAUUAAGUUGGUGAUGAAGAUGGAAGAAAUUACUUCUGAAAGAAGUAUGCCGACUCCAGCAUGGCAAGGAGCCCCCGAGGAGGAAACUCUUGAGAGAAGCAUGAGGGAGGGCAGCUUUAUGGGCCAGUUUCGAGCCCUUAUUUACCGCAACUUGACCAUAAAGAAGCGAGAUAAGAGGAAGACACUAACUGAGCUCCUCAUGCCACUCUACUGGAUAUUGAUCCUUGCCAUCAUCCGCAUCUCUAUUGGUGACACGGUUCUUGAUCCAGUGAACACCCCCCAUGGGCAAGCAUCUCUCAUGAACAGCACUCUAUACCUGAGUGAUGAAACUAUCCAUGUGGCUCCAAACACCAAGGAGGUAAUAAGUGUUAUGGAGGGUGUGCUGAGCAUUUCAAGGGGGCUAGGCAGCCUUCUCUAUGUUCACUACUAUGAUACCGAAGAAGAAUUGGUAAAAAUGUUUUCUGAUAACAAAACAUCCACCAAAUUUGCCGUCAUAUUCCCAGAUGAUCCUUUGGCAAACAAGAGCUACUCUUUGAGAUUCAAUCCUGUUCUCGCAUACAUCCCAUCAUCUCAGCUGUGGAGCGGAGGACAGGAGUGCCGAGACCAGUACCAUGGAUUUGGCCUCCAAGUAUAUCAGUGUGCUCCCAAUUCUUACUACUACUCUGGAUUCUCAGCUCUACAGACAAUUAUUGACAUGGUCCUUAUCAAUCAAACAUCUACCACUGCAGUGGAUAUUAAGGUUCCUGAGAUCACAGUGGAGAACUUUCCAAGAGGGCGGUAUGAGUCAAAUGGAGCCAUGACGCUGCGCAACAUUGUGCCAUUGUAUAUGGUGUUUGCUUGGGCACAGUUUAUUGUGUACAUGAUGAUGCUGGUGGUUGAGGAGAAGGAAAAGAAACUGAAAGAAAGCAUGAAAAUGAUGGGCCUUCGGGACUCUGUUUAUUGGUUAUCAUGGUUCACUGUGUAUGCCAUGUAUGUGCUGCUGCUGUCCUUGGUCUGCAUCAUCCUGCUGCCACUUGCCACAGUGUUCCAGAAGGCCAACCUCUUUCUCCUGUUCCUCUUGUUCGUCUUGUAUGGCUCUUCCUCCAUCAUGUUUGGCUUCAUGUUGACUCCAUUCUUCAAUAAAGCUAAGGUUGCAGGAGUUGUCGGCAACUUGGUCCAGAUCUCCUUGAGUCUGCUGUUUUACCUUCAAGUCUACCUUGAAGAUGAAGUUAAUCCAGGACUUUUCUGGGGACUGGGAAUUUUCUCUCCCUGUGCAUUUGCAUUUGCAAUUGAUAAGGUUAUCUACUUUGAUUACGCUGCCAAUGGUAUAACCUACGCCUCAUUGUGGGACGGCCCUGGGCUCCCCUUUGCUGGCAGCCUCAUCAUGAUCAGUGUUGACAUUCUCCUCUACCUCUUCCUAGCUUACUACCUUGACAACGUUGUUCCAAGUGAAUAUGGUACCAAGAGGAAGCCAUGGUUCCUAUUUGAGAAGUCAUUUUGGAUAAAAGAUCACAAUAAAUUCCACAAGCUGACUUCUGAAGGAGUUCCCAAUUCUGGCUAUGUGAGUGAUGCCAACCCAGAUGUGGAGCCAGUGUCUGCUGAGAUGCAAGACAGAACAGCUGUGCACAUCCAGAACUUGGAGAAAACUUUUAGUCCAAGAGGGAAAAAGCCUGUGAAAGCUGUUGAUGGUUUCAGUUUGGACAUUUAUGAGGGGCAGAUCACAGCCAUAUUGGGCCACAAUGGGGCUGGCAAGACAACACUGUUCAACAUCCUCACCGGCAUGACUGCUCCUUCCUCGGGCUCAGCGACCAUCUUUGGAAUGGACAUCAGUGACAUUAAUGACUUGACGGAGAUUCGCCGCAUCACUGGCAUCUGUCCUCAGCACGAUGUUGUCUUCCUGACACUCACCCCAAAGGAGCACCUCCGUUUCUUUGCUCGCAUCCGGGGAGUCCCAGAAAGCAUAAUUGAAAGAGAAGUGGAGCAGACUUUGAGGGAGGUCUUUCUGCAAGAGAAGGGAGAUACUAAGGCAGCUGAUCUUUCAGGUGGACAAAAGAGAAAAUUGUCCAUUGCCAUUGCCCUCAUUGGAGACCCAAAAAUGAUCUUCCUGGAUGAGCCAACAGCUGGAGUUGAUGCUUAUUCCCGAAGGAAGCUGUGGACCCUCUUAAAGAAUAGGAAGCAGGGCAAGGUGAUCCUGCUGACAACUCACUUCAUGGACGAAGCAGACAUUCUUGCUGAUCGGAAAGCCAUAAUGUCCAAGGGCAAACUACGGUGUUGUGGAACUUCACUUUUCCUCAAAAAUAAAUUUGGACUAGGCUACCAUCUCACAUUGAUAGUAGAGGAAAACUCAGAGGAAGGAACAGUUAAGAAGGCCCUGCAAAAAGACAUACCAGAGGUUCAGCUAGCACGCUAUUAUGGGAAAGAAAUGUCAUUUAUCCUCCCAUCAGACUCAUCACCACACUUCCCUUCCCUUUUCAAACAACUAGACCAGAGAAUUAGCAAUGGAAGUGAAGGCAUUGAAGGUUAUGGAGUAUCUAUGACCACACUUGAGGAGGUGUUUCUAGCUCUAAACGAUGAGAGUGAGGAAGGUGAACUUGGCUCCAUGGACAAUGUAGGACAGCAGAUGAUUCGUGAGAAGUCCCCCUCAGCCUCACCCAUCCACAGCUCCACAUCAGCGCAGGACAAUGGGGCAACACAAGGAAACUUCAUUGCAGCAAAUAAAGGCUUUGCCAUUGAAAAUGUGGAUGUUCAGAAAGACAGCUGGAGGACUUUUAUUGCACUCCUCAAGGCACGUGUGACUAAUAUGAUCAGGGAACCAACCGCUGUGAUAUUCCUGAUCCUCUUCCCGCUCGCCUUCACCAUUGCAUCCAUUGCCCUGGCUGACUCUCAGAGCAUAAAGAUCUCCACUGAUGACAGUCCACCUCUUGCCCUUAAGCCUGAAAUCUACAAACCCAGUCUCUAUGGAGCACUACUAUAUAAUGCCACAACACACAAGCUGGACAGUCUAGUAUCAACUCUAACAUCAGCAGACAUGGAGGUUGACUCAUACUCUGGCAACUAUUCUGACCUGGUUGAGGAACAGAAUUGUAUGGGGUCCUUUGAUGUCAAGAGCUUCCCAAUGCAAACCAGACCGGAAGACAGAGCAAAUGUGAGGCUACGCUUCAAUGACUCAUACAUGCAUUCCAUUCCCAUUCUCGUGAACCUCCUCAACAAUGCCAUUAUGAGUUCCAUCACAAAGGGUGAUCCCAUCCAGGUAUUCAGCCACCCCCUGCCCAUCACCACAGACUCUAUAGAGUUUGAUGUGUCUUCCUUCAUUGCACCAAUGAUGAUUGGCUUUGCUUUCACUGUCAUUCCUGCUGGCCUCACCAUGGACCUGGUGCAAGACAGAGAGAUUAAGGCAAGGUACAUGCUGCGACUGAAUGGUGUUGGGUUCCACCUUUACUUCUCAUCAUAUCUCCUAAUGAUGAUUGCCAUCUACAUGGUGUCUUACAUCGGCCUACUUAUCAUUAUUGCUGCCUUUGGUGUUAAGUCACUUAUCAUUGGCCCAGCUUUUGGCACUCUGGCCAUCCUUUACUUACUUUACAUACCAGCUGCCAUACUCUUCUCAGCUGUCAUGAGCUACAUAUUCGAUAAGUCUGAAACUGCUCGUCAGUUUUACCCAAGCAUGGUCACAACACUUGGGUUUGUAACAUACACAGUUGUGUCACUUAUUGACAUGCUUGUAAAAAGUGAGAACACAAAUCCAGCCCAAAUCUUACACGUUGUUUUAACCGUAGUUUGUCCUCCUUACAUACCUUUUGGGUUGAUGUACUACAUAAACAAAGUGUACAUAACAUGCUCAUUAACUAACAGUUGUGAAAGACUCACUGUAAGGGACUACAUGACAAUAGAAAUUAUUGUCUUGUUUGUGGUGACAGUCAUUAGCAUUCCCUUCUGGUACUUGUUGCUGAGAGUGGCAGACACUGUCAAGCUUGGAGGCAGCUGGCGCACAGCUCUGUGGAUGGAUACCAAGAAAAAAACUGCAGGUUUGAAUCUGUUGGAAGAAAGAGGAGUGGCUGGAGCUGAGGGGGAGGAUGAAGAUGUGAAACAGGAGAGGAAAAAUGUAUGUGCUGCACUUAUGGAGAACUCCUUUUCAUCCCCAGUCCUCAUAUAUGAUCUUGGCAAAUUGUACAAAAAGAAGGAAAAUGGAAAUAAUAAUCCUUGCAAAAAAAAUAAGGAGGAUGAAUCCUUCCCUGCCCUGAAGAGUGUUUCAUUUGAGGUGAAGGCGAGUCAGGUGUUCGGAUUGCUGGGUCCAAAUGGUGCUGGAAAAACAACCACUCUAAGCAUCAUGACAGCUGAAGAGACCCCGUCAUGGGGAAGAGUACAAAUAUGUGGAGAGGACAUCCAGUCAAGCAUGUCGGCAGUGUUCGAGACAAUGGGCUACUGUCCCCAGCAUGAUGCCCUCUGGGGCAACAUCACUGUAGCUGAACACAUCGCUACUUAUGCUGAGAUACGAGGCAUCAGGAAGGACCAAAUCAAAUCGUUGGUAGACACAUAUGUAAAGGGCCUUGAAAUAGAUGAACACAGGAACAAGAAAAGUAAGGACUGUUCUGGAGGUACCAAGAGGAAGCUGAGCUACAUUCUUAGCAUGCUGGGUCGACCAAAAGUGGUGCUGUUGGAUGAACCUUCAACAGGCAUGGACCCCAAAUCAAAACGUUUCCUGUGGAACUCUAUCCUUUCAUCUUUCCGAGAUGAACGCAGUGCUAUACUAACAACACAUUCCAUGGAGGAGGCAGAUGCUCUCUGUUCUUCCAUUGGCAUAUUAGUUCGAGGCAGUAUGAGGUGCAUUGGCCCCAUCCAGCAUCUGAAAAACAAGUAUGGUGGAGGGUACACGCUGGAGGUAAAGGUUCAGAAAGAGCGGGCACCACCUCCAGUGUCCCUCGUCAGUGCCAGUGCUUUCCCUCAUCCCAGCUCAUCAACAAAUGAACAACAGACGAAUAACAUGAUAGAAGAGGUCCAAACACUGGUCCAGGAAACCUUCCCUAAUGCUGUUUUGGAUGAACAGUUUGAUGAACGACUUAUUUACAAAGUUCCUCAAACUGAUGUGACUAGUCUUGCUCUCAUUUUUGAGACAUUAGAAAAAGUCAAAAGUGAUGGUUUGAUUGACGAAUAUGCACUAAGCCAGACUACUUUAGAACAAGUCUUCUUGCAGUUUGCUCGCCAGCAAGAGGAAGAUGAAAAAGAGGAUGUGAAGGCUGUGAAUGAGGACAAUGGGUCUUGUCUCUAAUUAUACUUAGUCUCUCAGUGGUCAUGAUUAACAAGUAUUCUAUUUUUUUAAACGUUUAUUAAUUAUUAUAGUAACUGUCAUACAUGUGACACACACACACACACACACACACACGCAUGCAUGCACAUGCACACGCACACACACACACGCACGCACACACACAGUAAUACUCUUACAAUGCAGAAUUUUAUACAACUGGCCAAGGCAAAGAUAUGUUCUUUCAAAACAUUCAUUUUGAAUUCCAACAAAUAAUAGAAAAAAAUCAAACAUCAGCAUUUCACAGAGUUGUAACCCCAUAUAGUGGUCUAUAUGUGGAAUAGUAAACACGCUCCAGCAUUGUUUCAACAUGUAGUGUUUACACUUUCUCAGUUGCGCUAGACAUAUCAAAAGCCUUUGAUAGGGUCUGGCACAAAUCUUUGCUUUCCAAACUACCCUCCUACGGUUUCUAUCCUUCUCUCUCUACCUUUAUCUCCAGUUUCCUCUCUGACCGAGCUAUCACUGCUGUUGUAGACGGUCACUGUUCUUCCCCUAAACGUAUGAAUAGUGGUGUUCCUCAGGGCUCUGCUCUAUUUCCCACUCUCUUUCUGUUCUUCAUUGAUGAUCUUUCCAAAACAAACUGUCCUAUCCAUUCUUACGCCGAUGACUCCACUUUGCAUUUCUCAACUUCUUUUGAUAGAAGGCCAACUCAACAGGAACUAGACGAUUCCAGGCUGGAAGCUGCAGAAUGCUUAACCUCAGACCUUACUAUCAUUUCUGAUUGGGGUAAGAAGAACCUGGUGUCCUUCAAUGCCUCAAAAACUCAAUUUCUUCACCUAUCAACCCUACACAAUCUUCCAAACACCUAUCCCCUAUUCUUCGACAACACUCAGCUGUCACCUUCUACACUAAACAUCCUUGGUCUAUCCUUAACUCAUAAUCUCAACUGGAAACUUCAUAUUUCCUCACACUAAAUCAGCUUCCUCGAAGUUGGGCAUUCUGUAUCAUCUCUACCAGUUUUUCUCCCCCGCACAGAUGCUGUCCAUAUGCAGGGGCCUUGUCUGCCCUUGUAUGGAGUAUGCAUUACAUGUGUGAGGGGGCACCACUUAAACAGCUCUCUUGGACAGAGUGGAGUCUAAGGCUCUUCGUCUCAUCAACUCCCCUCCUCAUACUGAGUCUUCUACCUCUUAAAUUCCGCUGCCAUGUUGCCUCUCUAUCUUCUAUCGAUAUUUUCAUGCUGACUGCUCUUCUGAACUUGGUAACUGCAUCCCGACCCCACUGCACGUCGACUUUCUACUCCAGCUCAUCCCUAUACUGUCUAAAUCCCUUAUGCAAGAGUUAACCAGCAUCUUCACUCUUUCAUCCCUUGCACUGGUAAACUCUGGAACAGCCUUCCUUCGUCUGCAUUUCCUCCUGUCUAUGACUUGACCUCCUUAAAGAAGAGUGUAUCAAGACACCUCUCCACCCAAAAUUGACCUCUCUUUUGGCCAUUUUUUACUUUUGUCUAUUAUGGGAGCGGUGAGUAGCCGGCUUUUUUUUCCACACAUUUUGUUGCCCUUGAGUCGUCUUUGUUGUAAAAAAAAAAAAAAAAAAAAAAAAAAAAAAGCCUGGGGUACAUGACCUGAUUUGCUCUCCCAGGCUCUGAUUCAUCUUGGCAUGUUGCCGAGUUGUAGCCACAGAGGGACAUUCGAAUAUUAUUUUAUUAUUUUUUGACUUACGACCUGCCUGUCGGAACCAAACCUGGCCGUAACUCGAGGUCUACCUGUAUGUCAGCUGCUACUGUACAGUGCAGUAUGUUCAAGUUUUUUAAUAUUUUUACAUAUUAGAAGUGGAGGGAUUUAUACAUCUCUGAAUAUUGAAUAAUUCAGCAAGACUAGAGCCCCAGUUGUGGCAAUCUAUAAAUGUUUCAAGUUGUUGUGCUUGAAACUAGCAUGUCAGCUUUUUGGUUUAUCUUCUGAUGCCCUUGCUCACCUUUUAUGACACUGAGUCCUGUUUAAUGACAACAAAGGUCACAUUAUUUAAAUUGUCUAUCUUCUGUUGAGUGAAGAGGAACAAAGUCCAAGUUUCAUUGCUUAAUCAAGGAAAAGAUAUUUUGAAUGAUUUCUUGUUGUGGUUCCUUUUCUCUCAACAGAAGGUAGACAUUGUUCACAUGCUGUGACCUUGGUUGUGAUGAAAUGUGACUACAGUGUUAUAGAAGAUGAGCAAGUACACCAGAAGACAAACUAAAAAGCUGGCAUGUUAGUUUCAAGCACAUCCAUUGUGGGAAGUUACAUUGACACAUGGCCUUAAUUUCAUAUACACAAACCUUCAUGUGGUCAUAUACACAAACCUUCAUGUGGUAUGAGCCUUCAUAGUAGAAGACACUUAAAAGCAACUAAACAAAGAAAAAUAUUUAUGUUUUUCAAUGUUGAUGUGUGCACUUAAUUUGUAAAUGUGGAAACAAGGGUAGCUCAUUUGUGUCUUACAAUUUAAUACGCAUAGAUAGUAUGAAGGAUUUUCAGCAAUGGUUAUCAUUAAGAAAUAAUUGUUUUUCAAUGUAUCAUGCUACUGCACAUUAUCUACUAAUGCAUGUUCCUUUUAACCCUUAGAUUAUGGCGAUCAUAUAUAUUAGUACGCUACCACACGCCCCACCCAUACGGGGAUCAUAUAUAUAAUCAUCACACUCUACUCUCCCUAUGUUUCAAAUAUACUGCCAGUUCUUGACUCAGAAGAAUGGUGGAGGCAUCUGGCAUCCAUACACACUCAUUCGUCUCCAGCGCACGGAUUACCGAGGGCCACAGAUCAUUUUCCACUUUUGUUCGGAAUACAUCUGUCAUGUCUCGUGACGUGUCAAGCAGUUCCUCUGCUCCAGGCGGAAGUAGAGCGCGGGGGAAUCAAAGUGACAGUGACUGAUGACUGCUAUGGUAGUGACAUUGACAGAGGAGGGAGAGGCAAGGAGAGAGAGAGAGAGAGAGAGAGAGAGAGAGAGAGAGAGAGAGCGAGUGGGGUGCUUCCACUUGACGGGUCACAGCCACAAGAAAAUGUGCAAUAUUUUCUGCUGUCAUAACUUUUUUUAUUAUUAUUAGGAGAGAAGUUUUAUUACACCACCAUAUAUGCUAGAUGAAUAUACAAUUAUUGCAAAGAAGAAAGACACCAUUUCCACCUCUUUUAAAUGUCUAAAUUUUCCCCGUGCACAGCAUCCAAAGAAAUACAUUGCCAUCCGUACUCUAAGGGUUAAAAGUUAAUAAUGAAGUUAUCAAAUGAGUGCUAAAAACUGGAUCAUAACUUCUGCACUUGGCCCUCGAUUUACCAGACUAAAGCUGCCCACACACACACAGAGGACUGGCAUCACGAUUCUGUGAGGACAAUCAUUUGUGGACUUGCCUUAACCCCUUCACUCUGGCGACGCCAACGUCAGCGUCCGACGGGCGUCCAACGGCGUCACCGUUAGUCCUCUUCUAAACCUCUUAGGAGGAAAUGGAAGAGGAUUAAGAGGAAUUUAGAGGAGGAUUGAGAGGUUUAGAAGAGAAUUAAUCCUCUUCCAUUUUCUCUUGACCCUUUCCAUACUGUGACACCGACGUCUGCGUCACGGAUGGAAAGGGUUAAGGCUUGGCGUCAUAGACGAAACCCCACACACGCUGACGAUUGUCGUUAAGGAUUGGCAUGAGGACAGACAUCAAGGCGCCAGUUGUCUGUGUGUGUGGAGGUGUUAACGGUGGGUUAUGUCGCCAAUAGCCUAGUCUUGAUAAUUCUCUCUCUCUCCACACACACACACACACACACACACACACGAACACACACCAUUUUUACGUCAACCCCAUUAGGCCGUGGCCACACAGGGAGCGAGAAAGAGAGCGAGAGCGGCAAAGCGAGUUUUUGUGGCCACACGAAAAGCGAGGCGAGGUGAGGCACCUCCCCAGGAGAGAUUGAAUAUAAUUUUCAUUUUUCUUUCUCGUUAAAAAUGUAAAUUUAUUGAUACUUAUUAAUAAUUUCAUGGUAUUUUUCACUCAGGUUUUUAUUUCCUAGUAGUCCAACAUUGUGUUUUGCUAUUGUUUAGAUUAGAAGAUCCUUGCAAUUAUGUACUUAAAUCAAUAAUAUACGGUCAUUUCUUGGGUGAACACCCUCAAACUGUACUUCAAGGUAGUCCUCCAUUUUCACAGCUCACUGCCAUUCACUACCAUGGAUUUUGCCACCCUCAUACCUACAAAAUAUCCAAAUAAAAAAUCUACUGUGGGAUGCACAAACUGAACUUGCCCAGUAAAGUGCAAGUACAGUACUGCAUUUGUAUUUAUACAUGUGCAGUAGCUGUUGUGCUAACCACAUGACCAGUCAAAGCACCUAUAACUACCCUCAUCUUUAAGCUUAAGGCAUUAUCAUACCAGACAACAAACCUCUUAUCCAAUCAAGCCAUUCAGCCAUUUGAAUCUGCAAUGAAGACUGACCACCCUAUAUAUAUACCAAAGAUUUUAUAAUUCUCUUAUCCUUCCUCUGAUGACCUGUCGUGGCUUACUGCAGUCCCUCUUGACUAGGCGUCUACAGCCUACACUAUGCACACAGCAUUCCUCCAGAUCUCUAAUUUGCUCUUAAGAUUCGACUAUAUUUUUGUCGUCAUACAAUUAUGUUGUUCCCAAUUUAUUUGAUUUGUGGAGACAUCCACACCCAGAGAUAAUAGUUUUUACUUAAUAUAUAUAUAUAUAUAUAUAUAUAUAUAUAUAUAUAUAUAUAUAUAUAUAUAUAUAUAUAUAUAUAUAUAUAUAUAUAUAUAUAUUUUUUUUUUUUUUUUUCCAUUCCCCAAACAUUAAAUCAAACUCAUACACAUGGUAUGUCACUCACAUAGUGUCACUACUUAAUUUAAUGGUUAGUAAUACUCCCAAACUUCCACAGAUGACAUGUUUUCAUUUUAUAUUUGUUUUUUAGACAUUUUAUCCUAUUUAAGUAAUGUAUAAUAUUUGUGUGUCAGAUUCUAUGAUAUUUUUAUGGCGGAAGAUGAUUCACAUUAGAAUCAAAAUGCCGCCCAAAUAAAGAUAUAUGUAUUAAUA